CCAUUUUGUCCAGUGAAGAAAAGCGGAGCGGGAGUCUCGUUGAGGGUCGAGUCGGCUACGAAUUUAGCGCGGGCUCCCUUCGCGCGCCCUCCCUCUUAGCAUCGCAAUGCAUCGCGACUCUUGUCCGCUGGACUGCAAGGUUUAUGUGGGUAACCUUGGAAACAAUGGCAACAAAACUGAAUUAGAGCGAGCUUUUGGCUACUACGGACCACUGCGCAGCGUAUGGGUGGCAAGAAAUCCUCCUGGUUUUGCCUUUGUGGAAUUUGAAGAUCCACGAGAUGCAGCUGAUGCAGUAAGAGAACUAGAUGGAAGAACCCUCUGUGGGUGUCGUGUCAGAGUGGAGCUCUCCAAUGGUGAGAAACGGAGUCGGAACCGUGGGCCACCUCCAUCCUGGGGCAGGCGUCCUCGAGAUGACUAUCGCAGAAGAAGUCCUCCUCCUCGUCGCAGAUCACCACGAAGGAGAAGCUUUUCUCGCAGCCGCAGCAGGUCCCUCUCCAGAGACAGAAGAAGAGAGAGAUCACUCUCACGGGAGAGGAAUCACAAGCCUUCUCGUUCCUUCUCCAGGUCUCGCAGUCGCUCCAGGUCAAAUGAGAGGAAAUAAGACUGUGAGCAGGAGCUGUGUACAGGAACUCAUUAGAUCUGAGGACAGGAGGAGUAUGUACAGAACAUUGUUUUGUUUUGAAACUUCAUAAAGCUUGGUGCAUUUUUAAAAUGUUUUAGCUGUUGAACUUGCUUUGUUCCUUGUAUCUUGUAACAGGUGGCAAAUGUAAAGAUGUGAAUCUGUAUAUGGUUCUGAGCAGAUCAUAUGAUUUGUAAUAUUAAUCACUUCACAAUGUACCGUUACGCACGGUUGUUUGUUUGUGUUGAAUGGGAAGCAGUUUGUCUUGCUUAGGUAGAAGAGUGCGUCUGGUCUUGACCCGCUGGGCUCUGUUUUGCUGGGACUCUGUGCAGUGGGGACGUGGUCACUGUGGAAGCGUCGGUCUGUGCCGAGUGGGGUGCAGAAACAGCCAGGAACGCCGAGGGUGGCCUGGGAAAGGGAAUGGCUGAGCUGCAGUGGCAUCCCGAGCUCUAGUUCUGACUUCCAUUACCUGGAACCGAGCUACUUUAUAUUACAUGGAAUAUAAAUUUUUAGCCGUGUGGUCAGUUAAUUUUGUACUUCAUGUGACUAGAGUACUAAUUAAAUAGGUGAUUGUUGGUGACCAUCUAUUCCAGAACCUCUGAAUAGACCAAAUACACAGCAGAACUGACAGCUGGAGUGGGUGGGUUGAGUGUGUAAUGGUACAUUGUAAAAGUUAGGAAUUAAACAUUUCUUUACUGUACAAGAAUUUUCAUGUCACUUGUAAAAUGUCUUUUGUGAGAUCCUUGGGAUUAAAGUUUUGGUUACAACUUGUUGUUCAGUA